GAAGUUGUGGCGAUCGCUGAUCGACGAUCCCAAAACCAGAGAGGGACGACACAAGUCGAACGCAACUCCAGCCUGCCACACGCGCCUCGAUCGGUGGCACAAUAGCUAAGAAAUUAAGCCGCUUUGUGUGUCGUGUCAGGUAGACAAAAGGAUUCUCUCGACGACAAGUUAGUUGUUGAUCCCUGCCAUAGAUCACCCUAGUUGUUGACACACGUACAAAGAGUGGUGGCCUCUUUAGUGGAUGGUCUCCUCAUCAUCCCUAGAUGAGUAGUCACGUCUCGGAUCCGAUCGAUGGAGUGCCAUUCAUCACGAACGGUUGCCUAUAAUGCACUAAAAAUAAAAAUCGAGUCCAGGUAAGCCUGCCACCAGUCCAGGGAGAACUUUCGUUGCAUCGGUCAUUCGAAAAUCGGCUUAAACGAUGACGGAUCAACUGCUGAGCUCCACCGCCGCUGCCGCCGCCGGCUCGGCUCCGGGAGAUCCCCCUCCGGUGUUGGUGCCCGUGCCGGCAUCCACAGGGGGACCGUAUUUGAGCGGCGGGUCGGAAGGUGAGGCUGAGCCAACGGAACAGCCCGUCCUCCUCGAGCUGGGUACUUCGCAGUCGGCUGUAAAUCUCAACUACACCCUGACCCCCGAUGGCGGGGGUAUGCUGGCCUAUGCUCCGGCCCAUCCGCACAACUACUCACCCACAUUGAUGGCUGGAUACGAUAAAGAGCCGCCGAACAUGGGUCUGCUGCCACCCAGCUACAGUGUGAUCCCGCAGCCAGUGUCGAUGUGGCAUGCUGGCCAAAUGACAACAGCCUCUCCAGCUAGAUUGGAUGAGCCGAAGCCCAGUGAACUGGUCCCGCCACCCAUGUACAUGAGCUAUGGCGGCGGCAGUGUAGCAAGUAGCUCCGAAGUGGAAAUCUCUAAGGAGCACAAUCCCGCCUGGCGGGAGAAGGCUCUGCAGAUGGAAAAAGACUACAGGCGAACGGCCUGCGAUCGGGAGAGAACCCGGAUGCGGGACAUGAAUCGGGCAUUUGAUUUGCUGCGCUCCAAGCUGCCCAUAUCGAAGCCCAACGGCAAGAAGUAUUCCAAGAUCGAAAGCUUGAGGAUUGCCAUUAACUACAUAAACCAUCUACAGGCCAUGCUGCGGGAGAGCUCGACGGGCCAGAAUGGAUCUGGUUGCUGUGCCUGGAGUGGAGGCAGUAGCUCGCCCUACGACAAUGCCAAUGAUCAUUGGGGAGCGUAGAAUUUGAUUUCUUGGAAAAUAAUUAGUUUAGUUUACUGAUCCCUCGUAGAUCUCCGACUGAAAAGCAAUACAUAUGUGUAACUAAGCCUUUGAAAAAAGGAUUCUUAUUAUUUAAAAAUUUCCAAAUUUAAAAUUAAUAAAGAUAUGAAUUGUUCCCAAU